AUGUGGACUUAUAUAGAGAGGAAAGGAAAUUGUACAGUCAACAAAGAUGAUGAGCUAUUGCCUUGUGAAUAUUGUUAUGGUUUUUUCAGAGCAAGGAAACUUUGUGAACAUGUUUCAAAGUGUUUUAGGUGUGGUAGUGAUAACAAGGAAAUAAGUUAUAUAAAAGCUUCUCGAAUAUUAGUAGGCCAAUCUAAUUUGACCAACAAUGCUAAAAUUGUACAUGAGUAUAUACUUACAACUACGAAACAUGAUAAACUUCACCUUGUUAUUCGCAAUGAUAAGUUAUUAUUGACCUAUGGAGCAGUUGAAGAUGGUAAAAAAGAAAGAGAUCGUUACCAUUAUGUAGGCUAUGCACUUCGAGUUUUUGCAAAGUUAUUGUUGCAAUACAGAAAACACUUUAAUGCAGAAGAUGCAUCUGCGAAAGAUUUAGUCAAUACGAAAAACUAUGAUAACAUUGUUUCUUCUAUGAAAGUUUGUGCAGAUUAUUGUGGACCAAGAAAAAUUGGAAAUCCUCAUCCUGUUUUAAGAAUAGGAUAUUUAUUAAAAACUUUUGCUAUAAUAGUCAAGUUAGAGUACCUGAAAUUAGGAUUACAAGACAUGGUUAAAAACAUUCGAAAUUUUUUAGAGCUAUUGGAAUCAGACUACAGUAUUUUUUUAAACAAUGCACGUAGUGUAUUUGAUUUACGAAAAGCCAAUGCACCAGAUAUGUUGCGAAAAAAAAGUGACAUUAAAGUUUUAAGAAAUUAUUGUGUUAGUGAAAUCAGCAAGCGAGGUGGAGAACCUGGAAAGUUAACAUUAGCAGAUUGGGAUAUGGUAGAAAAAGGCAGGUGGAAACGCCAAACUGACAUAGAUGCUUUAGAUGAUCCAAUAGAAAAAAAGCUUGCGGAACGAUUUAAACUAUGUUAUUUGAAGGCAAAAAAAACGGAGAGAUAUGCAAUCUUUAACAAAAAGCUUAAUUUAUCGAAGCCAAAGCUUAUUACACCAACUAGAACUAGAAAGUAUUAUUCAACCAUUCUGCAGUUGUUAGACAUAAAUAAUGCUGAGCUUUUGUGGCUCACAAAUCACAUAGGGCAUACUAAAGAUGUUCAUCAAAAUUGGUAUCGACGUGAGGAUUCUACUAACGAAUUAACAAAAGUAGCAAAAGUUCUUCUUGCUAUGGAUAAUGGUGAGUUAAGACAAACAGGGAUAUCAAAUGUUAAUACAGGAGGAAGUGCUAAUGUUUGCACUCAUUCAGAUGAAGAUGUUCGAGAUGCAAAUAGCAAUGUCAUUGAAAAUGAAUUAAUCAAUGUUGAACGUAAAAGAAUACAAAAUAUAAGACUAAACAUGCACAAAGAGUCACAAAAAACUAAGAAAAGUUGGUCGGAAAAAGAAAACGCAUCACUUCGUAAAGCGUUUUCGAUAUAUAUCAUGAGAAAGAUUCCGUGUCCGCUACUUGAUGUUAAAAAAGUUAUCGAAAGUAUACCUCGUCUUCGAAGAAGAGGACAUAAGAUCAUUGUUGCAAUGCGUAGAGAAAAAUUUAAUCUAACAAAGAGUUCAAAAAUUUGUUCUAAGCAUUUAACACAAGAAUCGUACAUUGUUUGUGGUUGGAGUUCAAAAAAGCAACUUAAAAAAGAUGCUAUACCAAGCAUUUUUGAUUUUUCUAGCAGUUUUGUGAAGCUAAUGAAACCUAGAAAUUUUCCUGUACCUAGAAAAACCACAAAUGAAUGUGAAAAAAAUGAAAUAACAAAUGAUGCUGCAUCUUUUUAA